UUCGUUAUACAAUUAAAAACGCUUCAUUUGAAACUCAACAAUGGCUGCCAAACGCCUUAUCUUCUUGUUUUUCAGCUUCCCUUUUCUUCUUCAGUUUCACUUCGCCGCCGGUCAGAAUUCCGUUAAAGCCGCGUACUGGUCCGCCGGCAGCGAAUAUCCCGUUUCCAGCAUAAAUUCCACCCUUUUCACUCACCUUUUCUGCGCAUUUGCCGACCUUAAUUCUCAAACCAAUCAAGUCACGGUUGCUCCGGCGAACCAGGCCCGAUUCUCCUCAUUCACUUCAACAGUCCGGUCGAAAAACCCUAACGUCAGAACCCUUCUUUCGAUCGGCGGGGGGAGUUCAUCACCGGCGGCUUUCGCUUCCAUGGCAAGCCAAGCUAGUUCCCGGAAAUCCUUCAUCGAUUCCUCCAUAAAUAUUGCUCGAUCGUACAAUUUCCAUGGACUCGACCUUGAUUGGGAAUACCCAUCAACGCCAACCGAAAUGAACAACUUGGGUUUGCUUCUCAAUGAAUGGAGAACCGCCGUUAACAACGAAGCCGCCCGUACCGGUACACUGAGAUUGCUUCUCUCCGCAGCAUUUUUUCGCAACUCGGAUUAUUAUACUCUUGUUUACCCGAUCACGGCUAUAAGAAACAGCCUGGAUUGGAUCAAUGUAAUGGCUUACGAUUUUUACGGUCCGGGAUGGUCAAACGUGACCGGACCCCCGGCAGCGUUAUACAAUCCGGGCACUCAAGUCAGUGGAAAUUAUGGGAUCCGAUCAUGGAUCUGUUCUGGGAUUCCGGAAAAUAAACUAGUUUUGGGCUUUCCCUUUUACGGCUAUGCAUGGACGCUUGUUAAUCCAAAUAACAAUGGAUUCUUUGCGCCGACCACCGGAGCCGCUUUAACGCCAGGAGGAGACGUCGGUUACGGUCAAAUCAGGAGUUUUAUAGCGCAGAACAACGCCACUGAGGUUUACAAUGAGACGGUAGUUUCGAAUUAUUGCUUCAAGGGGACGACGUGGAUUGGUUAUGAUGAUACACAGAGCAUAAGGGCAAAGGUUACUUAUUGUAAGCAAAAUACGUUGCUUGGUUACUUUGCAUGGCAUGUUGGUGCUGAUGACAAUUGGAUUCUCUCUCGAACAGCAUCGCAAACUUGGGGUUCCUAGACGUUAAUUGCAGGC